GCUGUCGGUGAUGCGAGAAGGCACUUUGAUUAUUUUAGUUGGAUCCAUAUUUUGACGUGAAGGCCAUAUUUUUUUCCCAUGGUAUAGUGGGAGGGUUGUGUGAAUCCAAGUCGCCGACCAGUUGGAUCACAGUCUCUAAUGAAGAGCAACGUACGUAUCAGCUUUGUGUAAGGAUUUUCAAAAUAAAUGCUUUUAGGGAAAUUCAGUGUCCCUUUUGGCAUAUAUCAAGAAAGAUCAGCAUGCUCCGACAUGAAUCUUGAUACAAAGACUCCGACAUCUUGAUACGAAGAAGAGCGGCAAUGUGUAGGCCCUAAUGCACUGAAGAGUUCGCACAAUCGGACCGAGUAAAGAAAAUGGCGGUCUGUGGGUGCGAAACUUCCACAAGUCAUCGCUUCACGAUGGAUUUUACUUUGUUGGAUGCACUGUGGCCGUCUGGUACCAAGAUCACAGUCAGAGCAGGGGACUCUGAUCCCAUUACUGUGUUGGAUUCGCCCUCACGGCUCCUGGCGAUGGGUAAACGGGACAAACACGGCGGCUUAAACCCGGUAGAUUCAGUUGUACUGACAUCUGACAGAGGCUAUCUGCUUUGGAUCAAUCCAAGGGGCUCUAUUGAGGUCAAGUUCAGAUACGGUCGCUCCGGAGAAGAUUUCAACUGCUUCAUAGAUCCCCAGCACCAGGGCGUCACCAUCUACGAGCUCUGCGGCAACUACCGGAAGGAACUGGUCGUAGACGGUCGCAUGCCGCUCGCCAAGAGCACCAACCCGCACCACAUUAAGUCGACCGGAGUGCGUCGGAGAGAAAACAACUUUGAAUUCCGCUCCAAGAACAGUGAAGUGCGCCUGGUUUUAGAGACUGUACGGGAUUACGAUUUCCCGCCCCAGCAGGCGUUUAAAUUCAACUAUGUGUUGACUCUGUGAGCAAGCUCUGUUUGUGAUUUUAAAGCGCCACAAAGAGGCUGACAUUUCCAUUAAAAUAAUUACAACCCUAAUGCACCUGUACGUAGGCUAUUCAAAGCAAAGAAGUGAGUUGCUUUUAAACUGCUAAGCUGUUGUUUAAGCUUUGUAUCAUAUAAUAACGAAAUCAAGGCGCGAUUUAGAAAUUAAAUUGUACUGUUUAAAUCAAUUUUUGUAAACAAAACAUGUUGUGUGAGAUUUGAGGUUAGAAAUAAAUAGUUUUAGAAGCUGAUCGCAUUUCACAAGUUUAUUAACAGCAACUAAUUCUAGAUUGACAUAUUGCGUGACCAGAAAUCGACCAAAUAUCCCGAUAUUUCACUUUCCUUUUUCGUCGGCGUUGGGAAAAUUUACAAGCUGGACGAAUCUCCAUGCAUGUUCCUUUGUAUUUGUUUACCCCCCCCCCCCAUGCUAUUCUGGUGGUUUAAACAGACUUGAAUAAUCAAGUUUGGAGAUCUACGUUAACAUAUUGCUAUGAUUCAAUCAUUACAUUUUUGUUUACAAUCUUUGAUUUUACAAUUGGAAAAAAAAAGUUACUAAUCUGAAUCCUUCCACUGCGUGUACCCAGCAUUUCGUUACAGCGCCCUCAUUAAUUUAAGAUAUGCCUUAAGGAAGGCACAUGUGCAUGAAUGUCUGUACAUAUUAUAGCUUUUUAAAAAACAUAUGCUCCACAUCUGCCUGUUUUCUCUUACUUAUAAUCGUAAAUCCAAUCGAAUAAUAAAUAGUCUAUAGUUGUAUGCCUUAUGACUAUGAGACCAAAUGUUAUGACUGCAAA